AUGGAAUUUCUGCUGCCCCCAGCCAUGCUGCCACCAGAGCAGCAGCCAUAUGUUUUCCCUCAUCAUGUGGAUGGAGAUUGGCUUGAUGAAAAUGGCAACUUUCAAACAGAGGAAAUCAACCUGUCUCCAAAACACAUGAACCCUUGUCUUCUCACUCCGAUGUGUAUUCAUCAUAAGGGGGUGAGGGUGAGGGAUGGCAGUGUCAUGAAGAGAAAGUUGACACGUCGAGCACAACGCAUCUAUGAUGCUGAGGAUGUUGUGGCCCAGAUAUUGGAAGAAGAAGAAUGUGAGCAGAAUCUCCGCCAUACCCAUCUUCCAGAGCUGAGGGUCAACAGGAUCCACAACCAUGGUGCGCAACAACCUAUGGAUCCUUUUGUAAACCCAGAUUUUGUCCAGUGUGUUACCUCUAUUGUCGAGGAGCAGUUGGCUGCUCAUCAAAACUCCUUCAUUGGGUCCUUUUCCCUGUCUUCAACCUUAUCAUCCAAAAUUCCCCAUCCCUCUAUGGAUUUUGACAUGACUGCUAUGGGGCUCACCGCAAAUUCUACUGAAGUCUUCUCUGGUGAUGCAGGCCUACCAGAUUCACUGACCCUACCAUCCUUUGAGCCUACAUGGAUGACUUCACCAUUCGUGCUGCUCUGUCCACCAGCUCAGACAAUGCAAACACCGACAUCUGAACUCGAUGAGAAUGCUCUGGUAUCAUCUGAUGGUACUGCCCAUAACCCAAUCCAGUGCUUGUUGGUCUUUGCUGAUGGUGAGACCUUAGCCAUUCAUCAAGGCGAUGUUCCACCGACCAAACCUUUCUGCUAUGCAUCAAAUUUCCCAAAUCUCAUUCGGAGCUGGGACAAUCAUAGUCCAGACUGGGUCCCAUCUGCUGAUUACCCAAUCAUCAUCCAUGGUCACCCGAUUCCAAUCAAGUACUGGAAAGAUCUCUACAAGCGCAACAAGAAGACUGGGAAUGAAUGGGAAAAACUUAAAAAUGACUGGUUGUAUUGGAAAGCAUAUGAGAUGCCUGAAGCCUUCUGGGCUGAGUUUUCUGACUAUCAAGGACAGAGGCUGAAAUAUUCUCCAAUCAAAAAGAUUCUUUUGGAUCGACGAAAGGAUGUGGAUUUCAAAUUAGCCAAAAAAGUGAGGAAGGAGUAUGGUGACGAUUUUAUCAAUCACUUCGGGUAUAAAAAAAAAAGCCUAAACUUCCGUGGCAACGGCAAAAACCAAAACUCUAGAGGAGUUCACGGCAAAUGUCAGCGAAGUAGUACCCUUAACGAUCGAGUACUAGAAAACGUUGGCUUAAAAGCCAUGGGUGAUGUUGAUGGAAUUAGAGAAAAUGCUGUCAAAGAGCAAUACCGUUGGCAAGAUAACAAAUACCGUGAUGGCAAGAGACGAAGACUGUAGUCGAGAAAUGAGAAACUGGUGGUAAAACGAAGAUAAGACGGACUGGUGAUGAUAUGAGGGGGAACUAGUGACGGCAAAACGAUGGCUGGGACUGGGCUGGACUGAAACUGAAACUAUACUGAGGUUAACGAUGGCAAAACAAAACUGAUACUAAUCCUGAGUCUACAUGGAGACUAUCCUAUACUGAAACUGAUGGCAAG